CUAUUUUAAGGAAAAAAAACCGUGAGUAUAUAGUAGACAUUGAUUGUUUGGAAGCGUAGACUCCACUUUUUAGUUGGGGGAGCAUAUCGGCGUGAACACAGAUUUAUUCUUCUGGCGUCGGUGUGAUCUUUCUGCGAGUGGAUCUCCAAGCAGAGUUUUGAUCGAAUCGUCGUCAUUGCCGUGCAUACCUGAAAGAUGGCAUCAACGGAGGGUUUGGUGCCAAUAACCAGGAGUUUCUUGGCUUCCUAUUACGACAAGCUCCCUUUAACUCCGCUCUCCGACGACGUUUCUCGCCUUUCCUCCGAGAUUCGCUCCUGCGCAUCCGAUUUUCUCAACCAAUCGCCUCCUUCUCCAGGGGAAACCUUGUUGGUACAAGAAGCUGACAGUCCUCCGCCACAUAAAAUUGAUGAGAACAUGUGGAAGAAUCGGGAACAAAUGGAGGAAAUUCUGUAUUUACUUGAAAAAUCCAACUGGCCCAUUGUGCUUCAACAGCAAUCCACUCCUGAAACCUGUGAAUUGGCUGCAAUGCUGGAGAAGAUAAAAGAUAAAUUUCAAAAGACUUUGAAGGCAUUGGAGAGUUUCCAGGCCAAAAAUUCUGAUCGCAUAUUCAACACAGUUAUGACCUACCUGCCUCGAGAUUUUCGGGGAACCCUUAUCAGGCAACAGAGGGAGCGGUCAGAGAGGAAUAAGCAAGCAGAAGUUGAUGCUUUGGUUAAUUCUGGUGGAAGUAUCCGUGAACGAUAUGCUAUGUUGUGGAAACAACAAAUGAAUAGGAGGAGAAUGUUGGCUCAGCUUGGUUCCGCAACGGGUGUCUAUAAAACCCUUGUGAAAUACUUGGUAGGAGUUCCACAGGUCUUGCUAGAUUUUGUUCGACAAAUUAAUGAUGAUGAUGGGCCCAUGGAAGAGCAGAGACAUCGUUAUGGACCACCUUUGUACAGUCUUACAACAAUGAUCCUUUUCAUUCGUCUCUUUCUAGCACUUUCAUGGAGGAGGUUUGAGGCUAGUAAAUUGACUAACCAUCAGGCUGCUAUCUUCGAGCAAGCGGUUGAUGUUUAUACAUCUGAAUUUGAAAGGCUCAUUACCUUUUUAAGUGAGGUCUUUGCAAAUUCUCCCUUUUUUAUUUCGGCAGAGGUGGCCGGUGCAAUAGAUGGAAGGACAAGUGAUGACUAUAAGGAGAUCAGUGUUCCAGCUGGGAAAACUCACGAGGUUUCCUUGGUAGUGGAAUCAAUAAACUCUUAUAUCGCUUGGGAUUUCUCACUCGCACAAGGAACGAUGAACAUGGAUAUCGGGUUUAGCAUAGAGUAUACAAAUCCUUCUGGAGAAAAAACGCUCAUUCUACCUUACCGGCGAUACGACUCUGACCAAGGAAAUUUCUGUACAAUGGUGGCUGGGAACUACAAACUCAUUUGGGACAAUUCUUAUUCUGCAUUUUUCAAAAAGAGCCUGCGCUACAAGGUAGACUGCAUACCUCCAGUUGCGGAGCCGCAGAAUUCCAUUACUGGAGUAGAGUGAUGAAGGGGGCACCAUGGGAGCCUCUGUAUAUUACACAAUUCGACAUCAAAGUUAGAUUGUUAUUCGGUCAAAUCUGUUUGUACUAUUUAAUUCAUAUUCUUUUCCCUGGCAGCUUGGCGGAAUGAUCAAGAUGAUGGCUAGUCGUAUUGUACCAGCAUACUGUAUGUUUAUCACUGUUAUCACUAAGCAGGACAAUUGAUCUUCGUCAUUGUGAAA